AUGAUUCCUGUUGUCUGGUUGGCUAGGACCCAAUUGCAAGUCUUUCUCCUGUUGUCCCCAUUGGCCGUUGGUCCUGCGUGCUUAGGUACAAGCUACGGUAGCAGCCAGAUAGAAAUCGAGACCAACGGAUGCCUUUCCGACGGACACCAUCAUGAAGAAACUGCAGCGACUGCUUCCCUUCCCGAGAACGAAGGCCGAAUCACGGCUUGUACGGGCACCCAGCCGGGGGUGGCGGGGCAGCUGCGUAUCUGGGACUUCCAAGCGCUUCCACACUCACCAAAAACCGCCCUUUUGGAUUAUGCCCCCCUCCAGUCUCUCCUCUCCUCCGGCGCACCUUCGGGCCUGCAGCCUAUCAUUGUUUGA